AUGAAAAUUAGUAAUUAUAUUUUUGGCAGAAUUAUUGAUUCUUAUAGUUAUGUUGAUAAAAUAAAAGAACAUUUAGAAUUUAAUAGAAUUAGAAAACACUUUCAAGAUGCUAAUAUUCUUGAUAAAUUUUUAAAUAAUUAUAAAAGGAAAAUAGAAUAUUAUCGAGAAAAAAUAAAAACAAAUGUACUUUCAAUAUUGAGAAAAAAUUAUAUAUCGUUUGACAAUAAUGUAGAUGAUGAUUUAAUAUUUGUUAAUAGGUAUGUUUAUUAUGAAAUAAAAAAUGAAGAGUGUAUUAUGAUAUGUAGAAAAAGAUUGAAAAGGAAUUUUUUUAAAAAAAAUAGAGAAUAUAAUAUAGGAAAAAAAAAGAAAGAGUAUAUAGAAAAUAAAUAUAUAUAUGAUUAUUGUUAUAAUUCACUGGAUGAAUUAAAAAAGGACAAAUAUAUAUCUAGAUAUAAAUCUGAAAUAGUUGUUAUUUUUCCUUCAUAUUUUUAUAUUAAACAUUUUAAAAUUUUAAGAGAUUAUAUAUUUUCUUUUAUAAUUGAGAGAAAUGAUAAACCUUUAAAUUUUUGUUAUAUGUUUAAAGGGACUUUUCCUAUAUAUGAUAUGAACAUAAAACAAAAAAUAGAUAAAAAAAAUAUUCCUUAUCUCUUGAAAGAUAUAUGUAAUGAACAGUUAGAAAAUAAAUGGAAUAAAAAAAAAAAAAGAAGAAGUAAUAAAAAAUUUACAAACAUAGAACUGAAUAAUGAUAUACAUUUGGAUGUACACCAAAAUAAAAAUAUUCAUAAUAAUAUUCAUAAAAAUAUUCAUAAAAAUAUUCAUAAAAAUAUUCAUAAAAGUAUUCAUAAAAGUAUUCAUAAAAGUAUUCAUAAUAAUAUAUGUAGUAAUAAUAAGAGAAAUAAUAUCGUUGGAUACUCCAACUUUAUAGUUCCUAUUAUUAAUAAGUGUAUUUUUUUCAAGGAAGGAAUAUCAAAUGUAGAAUUUUUGAAUAUUUUAAAAAAAGAUAUAUUUUUUUUUACAACACAUAUAAAUAAAAAAUACAGAUGUAACCAAUUAUUUUUGAACGGGCCUAAAUGUUUUAAAAAAUUAAUAUAUGAAGAAAAAGAAGAAGAAUAUUUUUUAAAUUUAUAUAAAAGUAAAGAUGAGAAAAAAAUUUUCCUUUUAAGUGGUAGCCAUUUUCAUAAUAAAUUAUUUUUAUUGAAUCUACCAAAGAUAUACUCAAAAAAAAUAAUAAUAAAAAAUAAUUAUUUAAUAAAAGAAAGAAAACAUGUUAUAAUUGAUAUGAUUCAAUUCAUUUCUUGUCGUUUAAGAGGUAAAUGUUAUUUAGAAAAUUUCUAUGAACAUAUUAUUAUAAUAUGUCAAGGAGAAAGAAAUCAUGUAGACAUAUUUUUUAUAUGUACUAAAGAUAUUAAUUAUUUGAUAAAAAGAGUGAAGAGGAAAAAAUAUAAUAAUAAUGAAAAAAAAAAAAAAAAAGAUCACACUUAUUUAGACACAUAUAAUAAUAAUAUACAUAAUAAAAAUAUACAUAAUAAUAAUAUAUAUAAUAAUAUGUAUAAUAAAUUACAUUUUUGUCAUAUGAAAUAUAAAAUUAAGAUAAGAAAAAUUGAAAUUCCUAUAGAUUCAAAAAUAAAAAAAUUGGCUACAUUAAAAAAUUGUAAUCUUCAAGAUUUUGAUAUGAAUAAAUAUGGUUUAGUAAUUUAUUUAUAUAAAUAUUUUUUAACACCUUUUAUUUGUAUACUUUAUUUAAAAAAUAUUUAUAUCAACACAUGUAAGAAAACAAGUGGUAUACCUAUUAAUAAUAAUAAUAAUAAUUAUUAUUAUAAUAAUUAUCAUUUAAUGAAGAUGAUGAAGAUAAUUUAUCUUCCUAUAAAGAAAGGUAGUAUAUCAUGUAAUAUAAAUAACAAUUUUUAUAGUCCCUUUAUCUCUUUUAAUAUAUGUAAUACUUUUAUAAACAAUAUAAAGUUACAAUUAAAUUUAAAAAAAGGAUUCUUGUGCUUAUCAAAAAAUAUUAAUAAGAUCGAGGAUAAAGAUGAUCUGGUUUUUCGGUCGUCUAAAUUAUUUGAAAGUAUUUAUUUUAAAUAUGAUAAGGAAAUGCAACAAAUUUUUGAACUGCAUAAAAAUUUUUGUAUUAAAGAUAUUUUUUUAAAAACGACUGACAAUAAAAAAAUUGCCAUCACGUUAGUAUAUAAGAGUAAAGAUAAUCAUCAUAUAUGUUAUGAUAGUUGUAAUAAUAUAAGGAGCACAACUACGAGUGGGAUGAAUAAUAUAAAUGAUUGUAUUAAAAGAAUAUUUGAUAAUAAUAAUAAUAAUUAUGAGAAGGGAGAUAAAAAUAAAAAAAAGAUAGAAAUUACUAAUUUUUUUGAUUAUAUAAUAAAUGAGGAAAAAAAAAUAAAUAUAGACAACAAUAAAAUGUGGUAUAAUAAUAAUAAUAAUAAUAAUAAUAAUAAUACAUAUUAUGAUAAUAAUAAUAUAUGUUAUGAUAAUAAUAAUAUAUGUUAUGAUAACCAUUUUGUAGAUGAUUUAUAUUCUCAUAAGUAUAAUUAUUUAUUCAAUGAUUUUCCAAUUAUUUUUCAUUAUAAUUUAUCAUCACAAAUGAAUAUGGAUACUUAUAAAAUUUAUAAUAUCGAAUCUAAAGAAGAAAAGAAUCAUAUGUUACUUCCUCAUUUUAUUUAUCCUAGUAAAACGAUAAUACAUGUAUACCCUUUUUAUAAUGAAAUGAAUUUAAGCACAUACAACGAUGAAUAUUAUUUUUAUCUUUUAAACAAUUUUGUUAUAUCUUAUUUUCAUCUUAGAGGUUCUGGAGGUUUAUUAUAUGACAACAAUGAAAAAGGUCAGAGAAAGAAAUUUAUUUAUAAAACAAAGGAAAAGAAAAAAAUUAUUGAUGAUUUUAUGUAUUGUAUUAAUUUUCUUAAAUAUAAAAAUAUAAGUAAUACUGAAAAAAUUUCUUUAUAUGUAUAUUCAAAUUGUGGAAUGAUAGGAGGAUAUAUUUUAGGUCAUAAAUAUAAAAUUCUAAAAAAUAUUAUAUUUUUUAAUCCAUUAUUAGAUAUUUUUAAUAACUUAACAGAUUAUAAUAAUCCACAUGUACCUUCAGAAUAUUUAGAAUUUGGAUCUAUGAAUAUAAAUGAUUAUAAUAUAAAAAAGAAUAUACAUAUAUCUAUAAAUAAUAAUAAUAAUAAUGACAAUAAAAUAGACGGUGGGUAUAAUAAAAAACAUAAAAGAUAUCACAAGAAUAAUAUGAGACGAAAUACAAAAUGUAAUAAAGAAAAAUAUUUAAAAGGAAUACACAAAAAUGUUAGAAAUAAUAAAAAAAAAAAUAUAUAUAUAUAUAAAUAUAUACCUUAUUAUUAUUUAUAUACAAUGUGUCCAUAUUAUAAUAUAUCUCCAAAUUUUAAUGAACAUUAUUGUAAUAAUAUAAACAAUAUAUCAAAGGAAGUUAUUUCUUUAAACAAGAAGAAUACUAAUAUGUUUUUUAAAAAUAAUAUUCUUGUAUAUCUAAACAAAAAUGAUAUUAUAUGUUCUAAUUAUAAUUCUAUAAAAUAUUUUACAAAGUAUAUAAAUCAUAAAAAUCUCACAAUAAAUUAUUAUUAUUAUUAUUAUGAUCAUCAUUAUUAUGAUAAUGGUCAGAAUAAGCUAGAUGAAACACAUAAGGAAUAUCAUAACAAUAAAGUGAAUUUUAUAAAUUUUAAAAAUAAUAAUGAAAAGGAAAAACAAAACUUUUAUAUUUCUUUUUCUAAUAAGGGUGGUCAUAAUGGAUAUGAUUCUUCAUCUGCUUAUUUAAAUACAAUGUUAGAUAAAAUAUAUUUACAUUUUUUUAUAAAUUAA